UCUUCUGCUCGAUCCUUGAGAAGUCGCAUAAGAGGUACUAUCGCGGUAAUUUUCACCGAGCACUCUGCCCCUGAUCUUGUACCCCAGCCUCAUCGGACUCACGCACCGCGUUAGCAUGGAUCCCUCGGCUCGCAUCUAUUCACGCUUCAAUCUGCAUCUAUACAAUAUCGUCGUCCUCGUCGUCUCCAAUGCCUGGGCAUGGCGAUGCUCUACGACCUCCACUCUCCUUCCGUUCUUCCAUAAGAACUUGGGCGAGAGUGCCCAUCUAGACGUGGGUGUCGGCACCGGGUAUUACCCGGCGAAAUCAGUGCACCCUUUCUCAAAGACGGGGAACGUCACCCUAGUCGAUCUUAACGAGGCUACGCUGAGCACUGCGACAUCGCGACUACGCCACGCGGGGUACAAGGGGACCAUUGACGAGGUCCAACAUAACGUGUUUCAACCCCUCCCCGAGAGCCUUCGCGGACGAUUCGACUCUGUCUCCCUAUUCUAUCUUCUCCAUUGUCUCCCGGGCAGAAUGGAGGACAAGGGACCGAAGGUACUCGCUAAUCUGGCGGACGCUCUGCGACCCGACGGCGUGCUGUAUGGCGCGACCAUACUGGGACGAGGCCCAGGGGUGUCGCACAAUUGGUUCGGCAGGCGUUUGAUGGGCCUGUACAACAAGAAAGGCAUAUUUGGUAAUGCGGACGACACCCUCGAUGAACUCAAGCGCGCUCUGGAGGGCUGUUUCGAAGAAGUGGAAGUGAAGUUGGUGGGAGUGGUAGCCCUAUUCGAAGCGCGGCGACCGAAGAUGAAGUGAACCGAACAAGAUUCAUGUUGCUUGACGUGGACGUCGUCGGCCAUGUUAUCGUGUUCAUUGUUGAUCUCGGACAAAGCUUGUUCCUGUAGACGUUCAGCGGCAUGGAAUGAUUGAUUCUCCCUGUGUGUGUCAUUUAUGCCCGAAGUAUUCGUAUGCAACCGAAGAUGAAGCCACCUCGGAAGGACAGGU